CAAGAUCAUUGUCUUCAUCUUCAUCUUGAUCUUGAAGAUGGAGCCACCGCAACAUCAUCAUCAAGCCGACCAAGAAAAUGGCAACAACAACAAGUCCGGCUCUGGUAGUUAUACGUGUCGUCAAACGAGCACAAGAUGGACACCAACAACGGAGCAAAUCAGAAUCCUCAAAGAUAUUUACUACAACAACGGAGUCCGAUCACCAACGGCCGACCAGAUUCAGAAGAUCUCUGUAAGGCUAAGACAGUAUGGGAAAAUCGAGGGUAAAAACGUCUUUUACUGGUUCCAGAACCAUAAGGCUCGUGAGCGACAGAAGAAGAGAUUCAACGGCACAGUCAUGACCACGCCGACGUCUUCAUCUCCCAACUUGGUUAUGAUGGCUAGUGAUCAUUAUUAUAACCAUCAUCCUCUUCUUCACCAUCCUCAGCAUGGUGUUACCAUGCACAGACCUGCUUCAGUAAACGUUAAGCUUGACCAAGAAAAUCAUCUGCUUCAUCAAAACAGAUCAUAUCCUAGCUUCAAUAACGGUACAGGCACUGAAUGUGGUGCUCUUAAUGCGUCUUCUAAUGGCUACAUGAAUAGCCAUCUCUAUGGAUCUAUUGAACAAGAUUGUUCAAUGAGCUACAACAACGUAGGUGUAGAGUGGACAAACAUGGAUCAUAAUCAUAUUUACUCUGCUCCAGCUUACAACUUCUUCGAUAGACCAAAGCCUAUGUAUGAACUAGAAGUUCAUGAAGAAGAAGGAGACUAUGGUGGCAAUGCUUAUCUGGAACAUAGACGUACACUUCCUCUUUUUCCUAUGCACGGUGAGGAUCAUAUCAACGGCGGUGGUGGUGUCAUCUGGAAGCACGGACAAUCGGACGGUCGUGAUCGUUAUGGUAGAGGCCCUUGUGCUUCUCUAAAGCUAUGCCUGAACUCCUACGCAGCCGGCGUCACACAGGAUUAA